AAUGAAUUACCUUUUGUAAUUUAUCAAUAAUAAUUUAAUAGGCAUUCAAUCAGAAUCAUAUAUCCAUUAAUUUAAUCAUUUAAAGUACUAAAGAAUAAAGAUAAAGAGGGAUAAUAAACACUAUUAAAAUAUUGGUGUAUAAAUUGGAUGAUAUCACUUUUAGAUAUUGUGCUUGAAAUAGUAUUGAAUGAGUAUUUUUAAUAUUUAAACUUAGUUUGUUAGUAGACAUAGUGUUAAUAUCAUUGGCAAUAGGAUUAAUUUAUAACAACUUUAAAUUUUCAGCAGCAAUAUUCAAUAAUUCAAUCUAGCCCUUUAUAUAUUAACAUGAAAAGAAGAUAGAGUAAUUCUUCUCAUUUGUAUUAAUCAUAUAUAUUAUUUUUAUAUUAGAUAGAUGAUAAAGUCAAAAGUGUAUGGGAUAAAUCAUCAAAUUCACUUGAACAUGCAGCCAAAGAGAAAAUAGGAGAGGUAGUUGCUGAUCAAUUUAAAAAAAAAUGAA